AUGCCUCAAUCGCGUCUCUUCCAGCCGCUCAAGAUCGGCAAUGUGGAAGUCAAGCACCGCAUCGGCAUGGCGCCUCUCACGCGCAUGCGGGCGACCGACGACCGGGUCCCUACAGCACUGAUGAAGGAGUACUACAGCCAGCGGGCCGCCGUGCCAGGCACACUGAUCAUCAGCGAGGGGACCUUCAUCUCAGGCAACUGCGGCGGGUUCGCCAAUGGGCCAGGACUGUGGCGCGACGACCAAGUAGCGGCGUGGAAAGCCGUCACCGACGAGGUCCACGGCCGGGGCUGCUUUAUGUUCUGUCAACUGUUCGCGAUGGGCCGCGCCGCGGACGCGGAAACCGCACGGAAGGAGGGCGUCGACGUCGUGGCCCCCAGUACGAUUGCGAUCGACCAGCCAGGCGCCGCGGUGCCACGGGCCAUGAGCGUCGACGAGAUCGAGCAGACGGUGCGGGAUUUCGUGGUGGCGUCCGAGAACGCGAUCCGCGCCGGGUUCGACGGCGUCGAGAUCCACGGCGCCAACGGCUACCUGCUCGACCAGUUCUUGCAGGACGUCAGCAACCACCGGCACGACGCGUACGGCGGCAGCGUGGAGAACCGGUCUCGUCUGCUCGACGACGUGAUCCGGGCGGUCGCCGCCGCCAUCGGCCCUGCGCGCGUCGGCCUGCGUCUGAGUCCCUGGAGCACGUUCCAGGAUAUGAAGAUGGAUGACCCGAUCCCGCAGUUCACCGACGCCAUCACCCGCGCCCGCCACGCUGGCAUCGCCUACCUUCACCUCAUCGAGUCGCGCAUCGCCGGUGCCGCGGACUACUACCGCGCCGAUGGCCAGGGCCAGGGCCACGAAGAGCGCCUGGAUUUCGCCUACGAUCUCUGGGACGGUCCCCUCCUUGUCGCUGGCGGGUAUACGCCGCAGUCUGCGCGGCGGCUCGUCGACGAGGAGUACCCGGACAAGGACAUUGUGGUUGUAUUCGGCCGGCAUUUCAUUGCAAACCCGGACUUCGUCUAUAGGGUCAAGGAGGGUCUAGAGCUCAAUAUGUACGACAGAAACACCUUUUACGUCCGCAACUCCCCGUUGGGCUUAUUGGAUUACCCGUUCAGCAAGGAGUACCUGGCAGAAGGGCGAUAA